AUGAACUUCGUUCGACUAGCGUUGUUUUUUCCGCUGUUUCAAAUUAUAAAUGGCAACACAACGGGCACAAAGUCUUUGUGGGAUGAGGACGAGGAGGAGGCAGCUCAGAAACCCAUUUUGCGCAUCCAUCACAUCAACAUCUUCGGGGACUCUCGCUAUAUGAAGGCGGUGUCCCACAUCGACGAUACUCGCACCCAAUUCGGUAUCACCGUUUCCCUUCGCGAGGAGAUGGGCAGCAAUUUCCUGACCUUUAACAUAAAGGUGCGAGUAAGACCGUCGGGCAGGGUGGUUUUUGUGACCCUGCUCCAAAUGCGGGAUCUUGAUCUUUGCGGAUUCUUCACCGAGUUCUCGGGGAAUCCCAUGAUGAAGUACUUCCUGCAGUCGGAGAUGCAGCUGAGCGACAUCAUCGCGUGUCCUGUGCGCGUGGGCAACUACUCGCUGAAGAAUGUGAACGCCAAGGACAUCUAUCCGCAGGUCCUGCAGAACGGCACCUACAAGUUCUUCGUGGAGGUGAUUGAGGCAACGGCCGAAAAGGUAUUUGCCCUCCAGGUGACCACCGAGAUUCGAGUUCCAAGUGCCACCGAAUAA